AUGCCGGAGAAGACGGGGAGUUUUUUUUUCAACUUCAAAUGGAUAUUUGGAAAAUUGUCCAUUAGCACUGUAUUUUACAUUGUCUGUAGCAAUCGUCCUCGAUCGAAGAGGGAAAGCUUUUGUCCACAGGGGACAGUGGCACUGUCAAGCCCCUCAGCCCGUUUUUUCGAAUCGCAAGAUUACGCCGUUCAAGUAUUUCCGGAACAAGGAACGUAUCAAGACUUCGUUGAAGGGCUUAAAGUUUUCGAUAAAGAAGAAUGUGGAAAGAUAAUGGCGACAGAAUUGAGGCACAUCUUGCACGCCUUAGGCGAGCGUUUGUCGACUGACGAAGUGGAGGAGAUCAUGAAGGGAUCGGAAGAUGGUGAAGGAAUGGUCAACUAUGAAGGUACAAUUAGCUUCUUUUGCGUCACUUACCUUAGCUCCCUAAAAUAUUUCUACCUCACUGUCAAAAUUUUCCUCCCUACUUCAAUCAGCCUUUGGAGACACUGA